CUAUAAGUAACACUCGAAUCAAAACCACGUCUCCGGCAUCCACGCAGCUCUCGUCAGCACCCCUCAGCCACCCCAACAGUCAACACAAAACAAGCGGACGCCAUGCACCUUAUGUACACCUCGGACGAGAAGGGAAACCGAGUCUACACUCUCAAAAAGGUGACCGCUGCCAACAAGCCCACCAAGUCUGCCCACCCCGCCCGAUUCUCUCCUGAUGACAAGUUCUCCCGACACAGGGUUACUAUCAAGAAGAGAUUCGGUAUCCUCCCCACCCAACUCCCUAGCAAGCCUUUAUAGACAAUGUGGUGAUCGAUAGAGGGCGGGGCCGAGGAGAUGCAUGUUGUAUGAUAUCCCCAGCAGCACAGGCAUCGGUCGAGGCUCGAGUAAAUAUAUCAAAACUACUACUAAUGAAGCCCUCGAGCAGUUGCAGACACCGUCAGUC